GGUCGGUUCCGUUCUGAGCCCGGAUCCCUCGGCGGGGCUGGACAGGAUCGACGUGGCAGGGAAUCCCUGAGCAACGUCAAGUCCGCCUAACACCUGGGGCCUUAGCACCUGUCUGACACCCGGAGUGGAUGUCUGGAAGGUUUGCCGAUCAGAUGAGUGACCGGCUCUAGUCUGCCCCGCACCUACUGUGGUGUGAGAGGGGCAGCGGUUGUGGACGCCCGCGGAGGGCCCGUCGCAGGCAUAGGCGCCAAGGCAGGACAGUCACCUUUCCGAGGGGCAGGCGUGGUGCGGACCGUGAAUGGGCAAGGGUGUGUGGUGGGAACAGAGAACCUGUGUGAAGUGAGAUAAGGAACUGGGCUGCAGAGAUGGGAGUGCGGUCUAAGGCAGUACUAGAAGGCCGGGCUCCAGACUAGAGUUAAUAGAACUUUCUGUGAUGAUGGAAGUGUUUUAUAUUUUCAGUGUUUGGUACAGUAACCGCUAACCAUAUGUGGCUACCGAAUUCUUGGAAUGUGGUUAAUAUGAGAAGUUGAGUUUUAAUGUUUAAGUUUUAAUUCAAAUGUAAAUAGCCCUACGUGGCUAGCGGCUACUGCGUGGACAGCAGGGCUCCAGAUCACUGAGGAGGAGGUCACCAGCGACUUAGCAGCUGCAGCAACACCAGGACAUGUGUGGGGUGGACAGCAGCGGGAAGAGCAGCAGGGUCUGCAAUGACCACUGAGUGAGGGUGGUGCUCUGAUGGGGUGAAAGGCUGUGCAUGCGAGUGGGAAGGAAAAAACUAGCAGGCUUUUGGACAAGAGAAGGGAAGAAAGAUUCUGGAUUUAGGUGUCAGCAGGACUUAGAGCUGGAAACGGCAUCAAGCCCUUGGGUGAUGGACCACACUAGGGGGAAAGGUGGUAUAGAGUUCUCUCUACUGGAUGUGAGCUAGACCCAGUGUGACUUAGAGCUGAGAAGGAAACAGGGUCUCUCUGUCUCUAGGCCACCUCACUUUGGACACUGGGGUCUUUUUUCUGGGGCUGAGACAUUCAGUUUGGUGCAGUAAACCUAUACGUGAUAACUCUUUCGGGCCCUGUACUGAGCACUGGAACGUGGUGGGGUCCAGGCCCCAUCCAUCCUCCCUAAUGUAGGAAACUGGGAGGCCCCUGCUCUCCUGUGCUCUGGGGUUGGUUGGUUUGUAAAUAUGCAGGCACCUGGCCUCACCUGCUCCCAGGCCUUCUUGCCACCCCAGAACUGAGGUCAGUAUGGGGUCCCUUGGCUGGCUUCAGAUAGACAGACUCUGCCUCUGGCUCAGCCCCCCAGGACCGCUGGCUGCCCACAAGAGAUGAAGGAUGGCAUCCAAGGGGUCCAGCAUGUCUUUCUCCCGCAAGAGCUAUAGGCUGACAUCAGACGCUGAGAAGUCCAGGGUCACAGGCAUCGUGCACGAGAAGCUACUGAAUGACUACCUGCACCGCAUCUUUUCCUCUCCUGAGCAUGUGCCGGCCGCGGCCGCCAGCAGGAAACCCCUGAACUUCCAGAACCUGCCAGAGCAUCUGGACCAGCUGUUACAUGUGGAGGAUGAGGAUGAGGAGAGCCAGGGACAGGUUGAAGGGCGGCUUGGCCCAUCCACUGUGGUCCUGGACCACACAGGUGGCUUCGAGGGGCUUCUUCUGGUGGAUGAUGACCUCCUAGGGGUGAUCGGACACAGCAACUUCGGUACUAUCCGCUCUACCACGUGCGUGUACAAAGGGAAAUGGGUCUACGAGGUGCUCAUCUCCUCCCAGGGGCUCAUGCAGAUUGGCUGGUGCACCAUCAACUGCCGCUUCAAUCAGGAGGAGGGGGUCGGAGAUACGCACAACUCCUACGCCUAUGAUGGCAACCGGGUGCGCAAGUGGAAUGUGACCACGACGAAUUAUGGAAAGGCGUGGGCAGCGGGGGACAUCGUGAGCUGCCUCAUCGACCUGGACGAUGGCACCCUGUCCUUCUGCCUGAAUGGCGUGUCACUGGGCACCGCUUUUGAGAACUUGUCCAGGGGCCUGGGAAUGGCCUACUUCCCAGCCAUCAGCCUCUCCUUCAAGGAGUCCGUGGCCUUCAACUUUGGCAGCCGUCCCUUGCGCUACCCAGUGGCAGGCUACCGGCCCCUGCAGGACCCGCCACGCGCUGACCUGGUGCGGGCUCAGAAGUUGCUGGGCUGCUUCCGGGCAGUGCUCAGCGUGGAGCUGGACCCUGUGGAAGGCCGGCUGGUGGAGAAGGACAGCUCUGAGUGGCAGCUGCAAGGCCAGCCCACCGUCCUCCUCACGCUGGCCCACAUCUUCCAUCGUUUCGCGCCGCUCCUGCGCAAGGUGUACCUGGUGGAGGCCGUGCUCGUGAGCUUCCUGCGCGGCGUUGUGGAGGCGGGCAGCCCUGCACAGGCUCAGGCCGUGGUGCGUCAGGUCCUCGACCUCCUGUGGCUCUUCAUGGAGGACUACGAGGUGCAGGACUGCCUGAAGCAGCUGAUGAUGUCCCUGCUGCGGCUUUACCGCUUCUCACCCAUCGUCCCAGACCUGGGCCUACAGAUCCACUACCUGCGGCUCACCAUCGCCAUCCUGAGGCAUGAGAAGUCCCGCAAGUUUCUGCUCAGCAACGUCCUCUUCGACGUGCUCCGGUCUGUUGUCUUCUUUUACAUCAAGAGCCCCUUGCGAGUGGAGGAGGCUGGCCUGCAGGAGCUCAUUCCCACCACCUGGUGGCCCCACCGCUCCAGCAGGGAGGGCAAAGACAGUAAGGACGUGAAGGAUGAGACUGCCGAGGAUCGCGCGCGGAGGCGUGCCUACGAACGGGGCUGCCAGAGGCUCAAGAAGUGCAUCGAAGUGGUAGAAGAACUACAGGUCCAGAUCCUGAAGUUGCUGCUGAACAAUAAAGAUGAUAACGGGGGUGAAGCUUCUAGGUACAUCUUCCUGACGAAGUUCCGGAAGUUUCUACAGGAGAAUGCCAGUGGCCGGGGGAACAUGCCCGUGCUCUGCCCCCCCGAGUACAUGGUCUGCUUCUUGCACCGGCUGAUCUCCGCCCUGCGCUACUAUUGGGAUGAGUACAAGGCCUCGAACCCUCGUGCCUCCUUCAGUGAGGAGGCCUACAUCCCGCCCCAGGUCUUCUAUAAUGGCAAGGUAGACUACUUCGACCUUCAGCGUCUAGGAGGCCUCCUCUCACACCUUCGGAAGACCCUCAAAGAUGACCUUGCCUCCAAGGCCAACAUCUUGAUUGACCCGCUGGAGCUCCAGGCGGCCACCAUGGAUGACCUGGACGAGGAUGAGGAGCCGGCCCCGCCUGCGGCCCAGCGCCCCACGCAGGCUCUGGCCAUGGGGGGCGUGCUGCCCCUGCCCCGGCCCAGCUGGCUCAGUUCUCCAACCCUGGGCCGAGCUAACCGCUUCCUCAGCACAGCGGCUGUGAGCCUGAUGACCCCCCGGCGGCCUCUGAGCACCUCGGAGAAAGUGAAGGUCCGCACGCUGAGUGCCGAACAGAGGACUCGUGAAGACAUUGAGGGCAGCCACUGGAACGAGGGCCUGCUGCUGGGGCGGCCUCCUGAGGAGCCGGAGCAACCCCUCACCGAGAACUCCCUGCUGGAAGUCCUGGAUGGAGCCGUCAUGAUGUACAACCUCAGUGUUCACCAGCAGCUGGGCAAGAUGGUGGGGGUGUCUGACGACGUCAAUGAGUAUGCAAUAGCUCUGAGGGACACAGAGGACAAACUCCGCCGGUGCCCCAAGCGGAGGAAGGACAUCAUUGCUGAGUUGACCAAGAGUCAGAAGGUUUUCUCCGAAAAGCUGGACCACCUGAGUCGUCGUCUUGCCUGGGUCCAUGCCACUGUCUACUCCCAGGAGAAGAUGCUCGAUAUCUACUGGCUGUUGCGCGUCUGCCUGCGGACCAUCGAGCACGGCGACCGCACGGGCUCUCUCUUCGCCUUCAUGCCGGAGUUCUACUUGAGCGUGGCCAUCAACAGCUAUAGCGCCCUCAAGAAUUACUUCGGCCCCGUGCACAGCAUGGAGGAGCUCCCAGGUUAUGAAGAGACCCUGACCCGCCUGGCCGCCAUCCUCGCCAAACACUUUGCAGACCCACGCAUCGUGGGCACCGACAUCCGUGACUCGCUGAUGCAGGCACUCGCCAGCUACGUGUGCUACCCACACUCCCUGCGGGCUGUGGAGCGGAUCCCUGAGGAGCAGCGUGUUGCCAUGGUGAGGAGCCUCCUGGCUCCCUAUGAGCAGCGGCCCUGGGCCCAGACCAACUGGAUCCUGGUGCGGCUCUGGAGGGGCUGUGGGUUCGGGUACCGCUACACACGGCUGCCGCACCUGCUAAAAACCAAACCUGAGGAUGCCAACUUGCCCAGCCUCCAGAGUGAGUGGCCAGAGCCCUGCCCCUCUACCCUGCUUCAGCAGCACAUGGCGGAGCUGCUGCGGGAGGGUCCCGAUGUGGCACCCAGCUUCCUCAACAGCGUCCUCAACCAGCUCAACUGGGCCUUCUCGGAGUUCAUCGGCAUGAUCCAGGAGAUCCAACAGGCCGCUGAGCGCCUAGAGCGGAACUUUGUGGACAGCCGGCAGCUCAAGGUGUGUGCCACCUGCUUUGACCUCUCAGUUAGCCUGCUGCGUGUCUUGGAGAUGACCAUCACGCUGGUGCCCGAGAUAUUCCUUGACUGGGCCCGGCCUACCUCCGAGAUGCUGCUGCGGCGACUCGCACAGCUGCUAAACCAGGUGCUGAACCGGGUGACAGCGGAGAGGAACCUGUUUGACCGUGUGGUCACCCUGCGGCUGCCUGGCCUGGAGAGUGUGGACCAUUACCCCAUUUUGGUUGCUGUGACGGGCAUCCUGGUGCGACUCCUGGUGCACGGCCCAGCCUCAGGGACAGAGAGAGCCACGUCAGUGCUCCUUGCUGAUCCCUGCUUCCAGCUCCGCUCUAUAUGUUAUCUCCUGGGGCAGCCAGAGCCCCCUGCCCCUGGCACUGCCCUGCCUCCCCCUGACCGGAAGCGCUUCUCCCUGCAGAGCUACACAGAUUACAUCAGUGCCGAGGAGCUGGCUCAGGUGGAACAGAUGCUGGCACACCUGACCUCUGCGUCUGCCCAGGCAGCGGCUGCCUCCCUGCCCACCAGCGAGGAGGACCUCUGCCCCAUCUGCUAUGCUCACCCCAUCUCUGCUGUGUUCCAGCCCUGUGGCCAUAAGUCCUGCAAAGCCUGCAUCAACCAGCACCUGAUGAACAACAAGGACUGCUUUUUCUGCAAAGCCACCAUCGUGUCUGUAGAGGACUGGGAGAAGACGGCGAGCACCAGUACCACCACUUCCUCAGCCGCCUAGCCCACACAGCAGCAGCCUCCACCCCUGAACUCAGACCCAGGCUGGGCCCUAUUUAUGAGCUCCCCUUGCCCUGUUCCCAUGACCCCCCUGCCAUGUCCAACCUCCUUGCCUGAGUGUAACCUCACUGGCAGGAGCCCAGCCGUGUCCUAAUUGUGCCUGAGCUCGACUUUCAGUCAGGGCCACAGUGAGCAUUAAAUUAUUAUUCCAUACA